GGAGGCAGCGAGAGGGGCUGACAGCGCGGUGCUGGCGCUGAGGAGCGCAGGGAGCAGUGCCGGUUCCUCCGGCCGGCGUCUGCGAGGACGGCGGCGUCCGACCCACUCGGGUUCGGGAAUUCACACAGAAGUGGAGCAAUGCUUGUGACUCUGCGGCUCCUCAAAAGCCAAAGGAAGAAGGUGAUGAAGGGCAACAUAACCGAAGACUGUAUUACCUCUUCCAGACCAAGCCAGCCUGCAUUGAGCUGUCUGCCGCCUUGAUGCUCAGCCCCUCCCCACAGGGCCCCUAGAAGCCUGUUUCUCUGCACAGCCCAGGACCUCUGGCCCCAUGGAGCCCCCGAUCCCACAGAGCGUCCCCUUGACUCCCAGCUCAGUCAUGGUCCAGCCCCUUCUGGACAGCCGUAUGGCCCACGGCCGGCUCCAGCACCCCCUCACCAUUCUCCCCAUCGACCAGAUGAAGACCAGCCACGUGGAGAACGACUACAUCGACAAUCCUGGCCUGGCACCCCCCACCGGCCCCAAGCGGACCCGGGGCGGAGCCCCAGAGCUGGCCCUGACCCCCGCCCGCUGUGACCAGGACGUCACCCACCACUGGAUCUCGUUCAGCGGGCGCCCCAGCUCUGUGAGCAGCAGCAGCAGCACGUCCUCUGACCAGCGCCUCUUAGACCACAUGGCCCCGCCGCCCGUGGCCGACCAGGCCUCCCCGAGGGCCGUGCGCAUCCAGCCCAAGGCCAUCCACUGCAAGCCCCUGGACCUCAAGGGCCCGGCCGUCCCCCCAGAGCUGGACAAGCACUUCCUGCUGUGCGAGGCCUGCGGGAAGUGUAAGUGCAAGGAGUGCGCGUCCCCCCGGACGUUGCCCUCCUGCUGGGUCUGCAACCAGGAGUGCCUGUGCUCCGCCCAGACGCUGGUCAACUAUGGCACCUGCAUGUGCCUGGUGCAGGGCGUCUUCUACCACUGCACCAACGAGGACGAUGAGGGCUCCUGCGCCGACCACCCCUGCUCCUGCUCCCGCUCCAACUGCUGCGCCCGCUGGUCCUUCAUGGGCGCCCUCUCCCUGGUGCUGCCCUGCCUGCUCUGCUACCUGCCUGCCACCGGCUGUGUGAAGCUGGCCCAGCGCGGCUACGACCGCCUGCGCCGCCCCGGAUGCCGCUGCAAGCACACGAACAGCGUCAUCUGCAAGGCAGCCGCCGGGGACGCCAAGGCCAGCAGACCCGACAAGCCUUUCUGACACCUGGGGUCGAGUCCCGGCGCUUCCCCCUGGGAACUUGGUUCCCUGCUCACACCUGAGAAGGACCACCACAGCGAGGCCAGAGGUUUUAGCAUCCUCAGGCUGACCCUGCCAGUCUGCCCACUCCCUGCCCCCAGCUUCUGAAGAAACAGAGACCACAAUCACCCAUCCUUCUCUUCCCCAAAAGGAUGAAGAAGCACUUUGGGUUUUUUUGUUUUUUUUUUUCAGGGUCCUGGAACUUUGUGUGAAACAGAUAGUGGCAGGGGCGUGGUGUGGUUUGGGGGCGAUUUUUCUUUUUCAGAAGAUGGAAUACAGAUGUGGACACAUAUCCGGAAGUUGCAGCUGCUUGAAUGCCUUCCCAGCCCUCCUCCUCCCUCCCUCUCUCCCCGCUCUUUUGCAUUCCCUCUGGCUGCCUGGGAGGAAUCGGUAACUGAGUGGCCAGGGGACCUUGGAAGAAGACCCUUGGAGUUUUGCCGUCUAUACCUUCUUCUCUCAGCCUCUACCCCGGUUUGCCCCCGACAUCUUGGGGAAGGUGUAGACCCUGGCGAUCCCUGUUGUAUAUACUUGGGAGCCCCCCUCGUUCCUCGCUCUGCCCGGAGCCACGGAUGGAUUUAGGAACCACUGCACAGUACCUUUUCUCCCUUCCAGCUUCCUCACUAACUCUUGGGGGUGUUCCACUCAUAACACCGUCCUUCGGCUCUUACUGGGUCACAGACUCACCCGCCCGCUACGUGUCCCAAGUUCUCUCUACCCAGAUCUUUUCCAGAAACUUUAUGGGUAGAGAAGGCCAGGGCGGCAAAUUCGAGACCAAAUAGCAUUUUGCCAAUGAGUCUGAGGCUGUGGUCUCUGGAUCCAGUCAUCAUGUUUUUAUAGAAUCAUUAAACCAGAUGCUAACGGUGUUUUAAGAAAUAAUAAAACACUUGCUUCCUUUUGGGCCACCCCCAGGAAGGGCUGAUUUCAAAAUCUGGGGGGCGAGCAACCUCAAGGAACACAAUCCCCCUCCCCACCAAGAAGAGGAUUUUAACAGCAAAGAAGAGAAGCAGCACCUCCCAUUGGCAGAGUGAGAAUUGAGGCGAGCUGGGUGUGGGUUUCUUCUCUCCUGAUUCUGCUGCUUGCUGUCAUAGCCUUUUGUGUACAGUGUCUGUAUCUUUAAUGUAAAUAGACAGAUGAUGAAAAAAGAGUCUAUUUUAGUGUUAGGAAGCCCUGGCGGGGGAGUCAGAAGAAUGCGGGUGGGGGAAAGAUUCUCCGGGGGCUUCUUGGGAUUGAGCCCUGCUUCUGUGCGUGGCUACAUGAGCCCCUCCCAACAGCCCCCAAAGACGUAGCAACUCUUUCUCUCAAGGUGCUAAAGGACUCAGAAAGUGCAGCUCGUCCGGUGGGUAGGUACUUGUUGCAUGCAAAAGCUGUAGUGUGUCCGGUCCUUCCUCCCUAGCUAUUGUGCGGGGUUUUUGCUUAGUGUGGUAUUUUGUGCCUCCCUCUUUUUCCCCCCAUGAGAGAAAGUAGUCUGGGUCAGAAAAGCUACCCCAGCUGAUAUUGGAAGUGCACUAGGCACAGCGUUUGUAGCAUUUCCAGUUUGUUCUGUAGGAACAGAACAGCCUCCAGGAAGGAGGCAGGUAGCUGUGAUUGAUGGUCAUGCACCCAGUGCUUCUCAAGGACUUUUUUUUUUUUCCCCUUCUUGAAGACUAGUAGUAACAUCUUAUGAUUUAGAAUAAGUUAAUUGUAACCGUAGGUAUUUAUUGACUGGUGGAAAGGAGGGGAGGGUCUUAUUAUUUUAGGCUUUAUUUAUAUAACAUAUGCUGGCUUGUAAAAGGCAAAUAUGAAAUACUGCAUCUGCGUUUUCUAAGGCUGAUUCCUGUAGCUACCUUUGCCACAGUCGUGAUGGAUGUAUGGAUAUUCUUGCACAAAUCAGAGGGAAUGGUAGAAAAAACACAUUCAGCCAACCACUUAUCCUAAUUGAAUGUAUCAGAUGUGUACUGAAGGGACUGGAGAUGUUUUCCUCAGAACAGGUGUGCAGAGGUUACCCCAAAAAAGAGAGGGCACACGUCCUCUCUUGGUGAGACCUCAGAACUUUUCCCAAAGCCCCUCCCUCAAAUGUCUCCAUGGGAAACUUGACCCAGUGGCAAGUUGCACUUUGGUGAUCUUUGGAGUUCUACACGCCCAUUCUGUGGAGAAUUGAUUUACAUAAGCUGUGCAUACACACACACACAUACAUACAUACAUACAUACAUACAUACAUACAUACAUAUACCCCUACCCCACAGUCUCUAUCUACAUAGACCCUGUUACCUGGCAAACAGCCUCCUGAACCCUGACUUUUUGUGUAUAUAGCUAUAAACAUGGAUUUUUCUGGGUUUUGGCUUUCUUUUUUCCCUUCCCCCUGUCUUGGCUUGUUCUUUUUGGUUUGCAUCUAGCCUACUAGAUGGAUGUCUGCAGAACUCUGUGUGUCCUGUGUGCUCAACUUCGGUUCACCCAGCUUUGUUGCAUAGCUAUCCCUCAGCAUGUUUUCCUUGGCAAAAAGAACACUGGCUUGCCCAUGGCCCCGGGGGCCAGUCAAGGACCACUGAGGGACCUAGCUCUCAGAAACACGACACAUUUCUGUGGCUGCUUCUGGCUGGUUGCGUGUCCUGUCACCAAUGGCUUGCUCGGCUGGAUUAUGCCUCGUGUUGACCUUUUUUUGACAAGUGCCAGCUGCUUCCCACUUCUGUUCAACCUGGGGUGGCUGGUGGUUCUGCCUGGAACCGGGGGUGGGAUCCACAAACCUGGGUCCAGGAUGCUUGUCCUAAGGGGCCAAGGCUGCUUCCCCUCAGGGGUGGGUUUGUGAAGGCCCAACACUCCAGCCGGCACCCUGGGAACUGGGUCUAGGAGAGCCCAGCCCUCGCAGGUAGAUGACGGGGUACAACCAAGGCUCCUCAAGGUCGCUGGCUGGGAGGAGUCAAUACCAGUCCCCGCUAUUGAUGUGGGCCCUUCACAGCUGACAGAGAUGGAAGACUAUCACGUGACGCGCCUGGUUCUUUCCGCGUUCUGGAGUCUGCGUGCAUCCCUGUUGGGCAUCGAGCGAGGGGCCCAGUUAGAUUAUGAUGAGCCCAAGUGUGGAAAGCGUGGGCUGAGACCAGCAUCCAGAUCCCGUCACCUUCAUGGUCUCUGUGCUGCCCCAGGAGAUGUCCGGUGGGGUGUAGGCAGCACAACUUGGCACUGUGCAAGUCACCAGGGCAUCCCGCAAACUUCCCUGGCCUUCUGCUUCAUGCCUUCGGUAAGCAUUUUCAUGCCCUCUGCUUACUGUGACAGGUGAUGACAAAUCUUACGCUGCCAUUUUUUGCUGUGGGUAACUCUGUGUGGUGUCUUAUCUUGCUUUCUCUUCUCACUGCCCCACGGUUUGGUUUCAUGUUACAAACAGAAAAGCUGUUCAAGGGUCCCACCCUGGCACAUUUUCCCUCUUCACUGUAACCCCUUCUCACCCCACAUCAAAAGUUACCACAGAAGGUUUCCUUUGUAUAGAAUAUUUAUUUUGAAGCUCUAUUUUAAUAGUAUUUAUUUUAGAAAGUCUACUAUUGUAAGAGUUCUUCUGUUUGUGAAGAAAAAGCAAGUUAAAAACUGAAUGUACUGAUCUAGAAAAUAUAUAUA